AUGGAACCAUGGGAACCGAGCUGUGUCUAUUGCUCUCCAGUGACAGGAGAUCUGCUAGUUGGAACAGUGAGACACAAUAAAUACACAGGCAAGAUAACUCGAUACAACAGUACAGGACAACAUGUCAAGACCAUCCAACAAUAUCUUCAAGGUCACGAACUAUAUAACCGUCCCAUCUUUGUCACAGAAAAUCGUAAUGGAGAUGUUGUUGUGACUGACUUGACCAAAAGUGCCGUAGUGGUGACAGACCACGGAGGAAGACAUCGCUUCUCCUACACAGGGUCUGCCUCAGAGAUUCCAUUUACUCCAUUUGCACUUUGCACAGAUGCAUUUUCGCACAUUCUAGUGUACGAUAAUUAUGCAGAUGCCGUGCAGAUGAUUGACAAAGACGGCCACUUCUUGUCAGUUCUACUUUCUACAAAGGAACUUGGGAUAAAUUUAGCGCAGUGUCUGAGCUAUGAUAAUAGAACUCACCAUCUCUGGGUUGGAUCAAGCAAUGAUACAUUGUCUGUUUUUAGAUAUAUAAAUAGAGUGGACAUUAGAACUGAUUGAGCACUUUUUCCCUUCAUUGAAAUCAGUCCAGAGUGAACGGUUCGGAUCUUCCUGCAGCCAGAUAAAACCUUUCUGGAAGAUUUGCAUGGACUCCGAAUUUAUCAUUGUUCGAAUUUUAAUCAUCUAAUCUAUUUCAAUGAUUUUUAGGAUAACAACAUACAUGUAUGUUUAUGCAGGAAUGACACUUAUCAUCGGAUCAUUAACCUCUUAUGGAAAAACUUGAAUUUUAAUGUACAGUAAAUUGAAAAAAAAUAAAGUUAUUUUUG